GACUUCAGUUUGUAGAAAUGAGCAGUCGUAAAUCAAAGAGUAACAAUUUAAUACAUACAGAGUACCUUUCACAGUGCAAUUGGCGAUGGAAUUGAGCUGUGUCGAUUGAUCUGCGUUUGAAUUGAAAUAUUUCAACUUUCUUUCUCAGUGCAAUCGAUCUGCUUUAGUUCAUCAAAAUAAUGCCUCGCAGAAGAUCAAACUUAGGUCGUCGUACUCGCGGAGCAGAAGCAGUGCGACGAGUAAUUGCAAAUCAAACUGAGGAAGAACGGGCAUCAGCGAACGAGCGAAACAGACAAAGAAUGGCUCAAAAACGUGCGGAGGAAGCAGCAGAGCAACGUGCAGCCAGACUUGAGUAUGCACGGUGGCGAGCACGGCAAGCACGGCGAGCACAGAGAUCGCGUUCUGCAAUUUCAGAUCUGCUUCGUUCUCAACAGAAUGAACGCGACAGGCUGAGAGUGGCUGAAAGACGUCAACGAGAAACAGCAGAUCCGCGUCAAAAUGUACAAAGAAUUUUACGUGAAAGAUUUUGUUAUCAGAGUUCACAUAGUAACCUAUUUGGACUACAAGUACAAUAUAAACACUUAAUUGAGCUGCUAAAAAGAACUGCUAUCCAUGGAGAAAGUAACUCUGUUCUCAUUAUUGGACCCCGAGGAUCAGGAAAGACCAUGCUAAUAAACCAUGCUUUGAAAGAAUUAAUGGAGGUAGAAGACGUGAGUGAAAAUGUAUUACAAGUUCACCUAAAUGGACUGCUGCAGAUCAAUGAUAAAAUAGCUCUAAAGGAAAUCACAAGGCAGUUAAAUCUGGAAAACGUAGUUGGAGAUAAAGUUUUUGGAAGCUUUGCCGAAAACCUUUCAUUUAUUCUGGAAGCUUUAAAGAAAGGUGACCGGACUAGUAGUUGUCCAGUGAUCUUCAUAUUAGAUGAAUUUGAUCUCUUUGCUCAUCAUAGAAACCAAACACUCCUCUAUAAUCUUUUUGAUAUUUCUCAGUCUGCACAGACUCCAAUAGCAGUUAUUGGUCUUACCUGUAGAUUGGAUAUUUUGGAACUCUUAGAAAAAAGAGUGAAGUCACGAUUUUCUCACAGACAGAUGCACUUAAUGAAUUCAUUUGGUUUUCCCCAGUAUCUUAAAAUAUUUAAAGAACAAUUAUCUCUACCUGCAGAAUUUCCAGACAAGCUUUUUGCUGAGAAGUGGAAUGAGAAUGUUCAGUGUCUCUCGGAAGAUAAAAGUGUGCAAGAAGUCCUACAGAAGCAUUUCAACGUCAGCAAAAGCCUGCGGUCCUUACACAUGCUAUUGAUGCUUGCUUUAAGUCGUGUAACCACAUCACACCCAUUUAUCACUGCAGCAGAUUUGAUGGAGGCAAACCAGCUGUGUAGCAUGGACUCUAAAGCAAAUAUUGUACAUGGUCUGUCAGUCUUGGAAAUCUGUCUUAUAAUAGCAAUGAAACAUUUAAAUGACAUCUAUGAAGAGGAGCCCUUUAAUUUUCAAAUGGUCUAUAAUGAGUUUCAGAAGUUUGUUCAAAGGAAAGCCCAUUCUGUCUAUAAUUUUGAGAAACCUGUUGUCAUGAAGGCCUUUGAACACUUACAACAAUUAGAAUUAAUAAGGCCCGUGGAAAGAACUUCAGUAAAUGCACAGAGAGAGUACCAGCUGAUGAAACUACUUUUGGAUAAUACUCAAAUUAUGAAUGCUUUGCAGAAAUACCCCAACUGUCCUACAGAUGUUAGGCAGUGGGCAACAUCCUCACUAAGCUGGUUAUAAAUAUAACCCAUGGCUUCAGUCAUGUAGUUUCAGGCAAACUUCUCUAAAGAACUAAAAGCUGUUGUCCUUUAAUAAGAUGUGUUAAUACAUUUUUUAUAUUUAUAGACAUGUAUUUUUGUAUUUAUGGGGAACUGUUACACAGGUAGUAUUCUUGGCUAUGUCAUGUCUGUAAAUCAUGAGCAGUUACGUGAUUUAUAAUUCCAGUAAUUUAGACUAUGUUGAAGUAGAAGUUAAAAAAAAGUGACUAUUUCUUAGAUAUUGAACCAUAUACUUAUUUAAGUUAUGAAGUAUUUUUGUGUUACAUUUGAAAUGUUCAUUUCAGUCUAGCAGCCAAUGUUUUUAUAAACAUUAACGAAAGCAUUAAAGAAACAACAGCAAGCAUUGAUAUGUAGAGUAAUUUUUUUAGUUUUUUUCUGUACCAUGGAAAUGUUGGAUUCUAUUUCAGACCCAGGUCUAGUUCAGGAGCUUGGCCAGUUUGGCUAGAAGAUGCUUCACACGGAAGUAAAAGGCCAAAAGUUUGGACAUUUUCCUCCAGACUUCUCCGACUGUGGUACUUUAUACUACCUACAGAAGAACCCCUUGAAGAGUUGAAGGGUGUUCUUAAAUGCAGAUCCUUGGGCCUAUUCUAGUCCAAAAUGAUCAGAAUUUAUGUUUUUAAACAGGUACUUUACGAAAUUCUUGAAAAACCACUUUCACAAAGACUGGGGAAUGUUUGGCAGUGUUAACUAAAUCUAUAUCUAAAAGUAAAUCGCAAGAGGGAUGUGGAACUGUCAGCCAAAGGAUCACCUUAUAAAUUCAGGAAUCCACAAGCUAAUACAGCCAUGUAUUUAAAGUGGAAUAUAAUAAGCAUUCGUUAAGUGUUAGUGACUUCAUUUAUUCAGGAUUAUUUGAUUGCCUAUUGUUUUCAUGGAAGGUUUACAGAAGGCACUGUCUCUAACCUUGUGCAGUUUGUAAUACUUGUAACUGUCAAAGACGAUAGGAUGUUUCAGUGCCGUUACCUGCAGAUGAAAAAUCUAGCACAGCGGUGGCAGUGUUCAGAGUCACAGUUCAAAUCGGGUUUGACAUCAAAGUCCCUGCUAUUAAUAGGUGAAAUCCAGCAAAGGUUUCUUACCAUGUGUUUUUUAAAGAAUACUCCAGGAAAUGAUUUAUCUGGUUUUUAAGAAGUCUUGGACAUCGAAUAGAAAUAUCUGUGUGUAAUAAAAGCAGCUCUAGUUCUUCA